GACGAACUUAAGAGGGGAAAUAUAACAGCCGCCGCCAGCCUCCUCGGCUCCCACUCCGCUCGCCACUCAGAGAGCCCCCCCAAAUCCCCAAACCUCACCGGCUCAUCCGCCGCCGUCGACCAUGGCCGGGCGGUCGCCGUUCACCAACCUCGACCCCGUGACGGCGGCCGACUUGCAGCGCAGGGGCUUCAACCCGCUCGAGCUGGACCGAGCCACGGAGCAGCUGCUCACGUACGUCUACACCAGCCUCAUCCCCGACUUCCCCUUCCUCGCCACCGGGCGGCUCGCCGCCCGCCCCGCCUCCGACGGCGUCGACCGCAUCAGCCGCCUCCCGCGCGCGCUCCUGCGCGACAUCGUCUCCCGCCUCCCCGUUACGGACGCGGCGCGCACGGCCGUGCUCUCCUCCCGCUGGCGCACGGUCUGGCUCUCCGCGCCGCCCGUCCUGGUCGACGCCUACCUCGGGGAGGACGACUACGCCUGGCCCCCCACGCCGGCCAACUCGCCCGCCAUCACCGCCGCCGUCUCCCGCGUCCUCGAGGCGCACCCGGGCCCCUUCCGCCACGUCCACCUCGUCUGCAGCCACAUGAACGCGUACCGGGCCCGGCUCGCGCGCUGGCUCCAGCUCCUCGCCGCCAAGGGCGUCCAGGACCUCGUCCUCGUCAACCGCCCCUGGCCGUGCGACGUGCCCCUCCCCGACGCGCUCUUCGCCAUCAGCACCCUCGUCCGCCUCCACAUCGGCCUCUGGAAGUUGCCGGACACGGCCCGCCUGGGAAGUUACCGGACGUUUCCCCACCUCCGCGAGCUUGGCAUCUGCAGCGUCGUAAUGGAGGAGGGGGACGUCGACGCCAUCGUCGCCAGGAGUCCCGUCCUGGAGGUCCUGAGCAUCCAGGGAAGCAGCAAGGGGCUGCGUCUCCGCCUCGUCAGCCAGAGCCUACGGUGCGUGCAGAUCUGCGGUUCUGUUGUGGAAGACAUUGCCGUGGUGAAGGUCCCAUGCCUCGAGCGGCUCAUCCUGCAUGGAUGCCGGGAUCUGGCUGGUGGCAUGUGUAGCAGGAUCAGGAUUCUUGAUGCCCCCAAUCUGCGCGUGGUCGGAUUCUUGGAGCCAGCAAAUCAUGUCCUUAAGAUCGGAGACACCAUCAUAAGGGCUGGGAUGAAGGAGAGCACAGCCACAAUUCUCACAAGCGUGAAGAUCCUCAGCUUAAAUGUGCGUUUCGGUAUCCGCAGCGAGGCAGAGAUGGUGCCCAGGUUCCUCAAAUGCUUUCCCAAUGUGAAGACACUGCAUAUCAUGUCUGGAAAAUGCAAUCAGUCCACUGGUACGCUCAACCUCAAGUUCAAGGAGGUUCCCAUUGAAAGUGCCAUGUUGGGCAUCUCAGAGAUGUAUUUCCGUGAGUUCCGAGGGGAUGAAGGCGAGGUUGCCUUCCUCAAGUCGUUGUUCAAGAGUGCGGAUGUGCUGGAGAUGGCGGUGAUUAUGAUGGCAAAUCCAAGCUUCACGCAGUUUUCACCAGAUGACGCACUUUCCAAGGUGAAGAGUGCUUCUGAGCUCAGUAGAUCCUCCGGCAAAGUGGUGGUGGUUGUGAGUGGAGGUCCUGAAGGAGGAAGACCGUGGAGUUUCCAGAAAGGAACUGAUUUUUCAUGCGAGGACCCUUUUUCAGUAGUUGUGGAGAACCUUCGCAAAGCUUAGUGCCUGUGAAGCGGUGGAAGGUGUUUUUAUUUUGGCUGUGAACUAUGAAGCACGCAUUGUAUCCGAAACUUCGGUGGUCCUUCUUACAUUUAGUGCCUGUGAAGUGGUGGAAGGUGUUUUUUUUUGGCUAUGAACUAUGAAGCACGCAUUGUAUCCGAAACUUCGGUGGCCCUUCUUACAUUGCAAACUUUGUGUUAAACUUGUGGCCUGAUUUCUGGUGGCAAUCAGAAAUGCGAUCUACUGAUAUUUUGCUUCC